CCUGUCCCCCGCGGGCAGCCGACGAAUACGCGUAAGCUCGGAGCGGCGCCUGUCACGCUACCGCCUCCCACCACCACAACCACCAACACCAACCCCAACACCACCGACACCAACACCGCCAACACCAAUGCGGGUAAUGCUGUCGCUACCUCAUCCGUCCCCACAAGUUCAAUUCUCCAAGUCCGUCCGGCUCCCGCAUCAGCUUCCAUACCACCAUCCGCCGUCACGUCCGCAUCAAUACCCGCAUCCGCCGUCCCUGUCCCUGUUCCUGUUCCUGUCUCAGCGCCGCUCACCGUUGCUGCGAUCCCUGGCUUCAUCAAUGAUGGCCACCGCCGCAGCAGCAACUACAGCAGCCAUGCCUCUCCUAUAUAUUAUCCCGCCAAUGCCGUCAACUCGCCUGCUGCUGCCAGACCGGUGAUCAGCCAUCGUGGUCACAACCUGUACGCCUGUCGCGACUGUGGAAGGUCCUACUCCCGCCCGGAGCAUCUUGUCAGGCAUGUGCAGACUCACACGCUAGGUCGCCGUUUUGUCUGUGACCUGUGCCAGAAGUCGUUUGCUCGCAAGGACCUUCUCCGUCGUCACGUCGCCAACCACGCCAAUGACUCGCCCAAGAAGCGUCGCCGCACCACCGCCCCGGGCACCGGUCGGGUCUCGCACGCCUGCCAGUCCUGUGCCAGUGCCAGGGUCAAGUGCGACGAUGAGAAGCCGUGCAAGCGCUGCCGGACUCGCAAUCUCAGCUGCGUCUUCACCGAGUCGCCUUCUACCGCUGCCAUGCACCUGUUGCACAUGCCCAGCGCACACUCAUCUGUCAAUCCCAACGAUGGAGAGGGGUUGACCGUAGCGGCAGGAGACCCCACGGCUGCAUCACGCCGCUCAAUUUCGCCAGGAUCCUUGGGCCGCAACCAACCCCGCUCCUUACCGAGCGAGGCAGUGCAAGCAUCCCCGCCCGCCUUGCAGCAACACCACCCACAACGCCCAUAUGCCUACCAUUCGAGGACGUCAAGUAUUGCUCCAUCCUGCUCGCCCCAGCGGAAAUUAUCCGGCCAUGACCUCAGAUCCGACUACGCACCCUUCCCCGAAGAGCUGGAGCCUGCCGCCAGUGCCAUGGACCAGGACCGACUUCCCUUUGCAGACUUUCUGCGCCAUGUUGUCAACCUCGACGCCGAUCUCGUCGGCCAGGGAGCGAUCCAAGGUCUCAAGGUGCUGGAUUACUGCGACCAAGGCAGCCUCGAGCUACUGGAUGGCGACUUUGCACUGCUCGACUACUGGAACGCUGAAGGCAGCCAGAGGUUGGUCCAGGGUUCAAGAUCGAUGUAUGGCCGUGAACCAGACGACGGGGCCCAGGCGAGGCAAGGCUUGGUCAGUAUGUGGACUAACUCCCGGUGCCCCGAGCCUAGGUCCCAAGAGGGUGCGCGGAAUGCCACGGCAACUACAGGAGGCUCGGACAGCGUCUCCGAUUCUCACGGCAGGACCGAGCGUGUGACGUCUGAGAGGCUGGAGAGCUCCGCACGAGACCGCAUUCUCGCCAUGGUGCUCAAUACGGCUAGGCGGGGUGCCGUCACGGCCAGGCUGGCGGCCUCGUUCCCCUCGGUCGAUAUAAUGGACAUGCUGAUACAGGAUUUCCUGGCGUCGCUCUCGAGCCAGGCGUCGGGAUGGGUCCACCUGCCUACAUUUGGGUUGAACGCCCAGCCGACUGAAUGGCUUGCGGCGGGAGCAGCAGCAGGGGCUUGUCUGUCUCCUAUCCCGACCCUGCGCAAGUUCGGAUUCAUCCUCCAAGAUGCAGCCCGCGGCUCGGUGGCAAUGCCAGAUGUGGCCUUGGUCCAGGCAUUUGUUCUCGUCCAGGAGAUGGGCCUCUGGAGCGGCAAUCGUGGUCGUGUGGAGCUUGCACAGAGCCACCUUCCUAUCCCCGUGACGGUAGGGACUGACCCCAACGCCCAGAAGCCUUUCUUCGCCCUCUGCAGUGCUGAUACUGCGUCACAGUUGAUGAGAAAUCGGACCAAGUUUCAACGCAGCUCAUACCCAACCAUGGAGGUGGAUCCUGCCGACGAGGGUCCCGAACUGGAACGAAAAUGGAGGGUGUGGAUCGGCCGUGAGCAAUGGAAGCGGCUCGUCUUCCACUGCUUUCUUCACGAUGCACGGUGCUCCAUGGUGACCAUGACGAACCCAUUCAUGUCGUACGCUGAGCUGAUGCUCCCUCUGCCGGAGUCGAGGGAGCUGUGGCUCGCCAGGAACGCAUCGGAAUGGAAGGCCGAGUAUCUGCUAAGGAUGGCCGAGCAGGAUGAGACGACCCAACCAUCGCUGGCCGACGUCUUUCACGAGAUCCACCUGCUUUCCGGGAGCGGUAUGGGGGUCGACAUGCAGUUUUCCGUGUCCGUCUACCUGCACGGCUUCUGGGCCCUGGUCCUCGAGUACCGAAAGCUCAGUGCCGUACACCGACCACGCUCAUCCAGGGCUAGCAUGGGGGCCAGCCAGAACCUCCUCCUCGGGUCGCGGCACCAGGAGCUGGUUCGGGAUCUCCAAAACUUCUCCUUAAUGACGGAGGAGUGGCCAGAGAUGGCAACGCAAGAGCAUGUACUGCUGCACACGCUCAACAUGCACCUCCACGUGUCGCUGGACGAUGUGCAGCUGUUUGCGGGAAAGGAGGGGGUAGAGCAGGCGCGCCAAACGUACCCGGUCCUGCAGCAGUGGGCGCUGAGCUCGGAGGCCCGCACGGCCAUCUGGUGUGCGGGCCAGGUGUUCCGGUACGCCAAGGCCUCUGCCCCCGGACAGCUGCGGGACUUUGACGCCGUGGCGGUAGAGCACGCGGGACUGGUGCUCUGGACGUACGGCGUCGUCAGCGCAUCAGCUGCUGGCUGCCUUGAUGGCGGCGGCGGGACACUGCCUAGACGGCAGCAGCAGCAGCAGCAGCAGCAGCAGCAGCAACAUUCGGCCAAGGUGUACCUUGACGGGCCCGACACGGCAGCGACGCAGAAGUUUGUCUCAUUUGGACAGGGAAGACCCAUGCUUCGAGGUCCGGCCGUCAGGGACACGGUGAUGGAGGUGUGGGCCGGAGACGCGCAGGCGUGUAUAGAUGUGGCACGAGACAUCAUCGUGGGCAACUUCAAGGACGGGACCGACAGCGUACCGCCCAUGGCGGUCAACCUGUGCACGCUGCUGAGACAGCUGAGUGAGGCGGCCGUUGUGACGGGUGCUAAGACGCGGACCAUACCCGGGCCCCUGACGACGGUGGCAUCCGAUGUGCUGGUCGGGGGGGAGGCCGGUCUGACGUAUCGUCCCGACCAGUUUCCCGGGGCGAGAGAUGUCGUCACUCCGUAUGGCUCUAUGAGGGUGUAUGAAUUCGGACCGGAACAAGGGCAGAAGGUCAUCAUGAUCCACGGGAUUAGCACAUCAUGCGUGACUCUGGGACGUGUUGCCCACGGUCUCGUCGACAGGGGAUGUCGCGUCAUGUUGUUUGAUCUAUGGGGUCGAGGCUUCUCGGACGGAGUAGGCGACCUCCCCCACGAUGCAAGGCUGUACGUAUCGCAGGUCCUCCUGGCGCUAGCCUCGUCCCCGCUGUCCUGGACUGGCCGGGACGCCCACCUCCGCGUGGUGGGGUACUCCCUCGGCGGCGCCAUAGCGGUGCAGCUCGCCGCCGCGCUGCCGGACCUGGUCCGGUCCCUCGUCCUGCUCGCCCCGGCCGGUCUGAUUGACCCGAGCAGCUUCGGUGCCGGAUUCAGGUUCGUCGUCACGUCCGGUUACGUCCCCGACUCUGUCGUGUCUGCCAUCCUUAGGAGACGCCUGCGGCGACCCAUGGCUUCUUCUUCUUCGUCGUCGUCGUCGUCGUCGUCGUCAUCCACGGCGCGUGCCAGGCGAGCAGCCGCCGCUGCCGCAGACGGAGGCAGAGAGAGGGAGGGAAAAGGCGAUGAUGCUGCCCUCACCGCCGAGGCUGCCGACCCCCUGCCCGGACAGGACGUCACGCCCCUCCAGGUUCGCGUGCUGAGGUACGUCUCUUGGAUGGCGCGGAACCACCUCGGCUUCCUGAGCGCCUUCACGUCUUCUGUCCGUCACGGGCCGCUCUGCAACGAGCACGAGGCCUGGUCGCGGCUCGCUGCCAGCCGUCCCGCUGGGUCCACGGCCGUGCUGCUCGCCAGCGAUGACGAGAUCAUCGUCCCGGGGUACUAUGAGGAGGUAGGGCUGCCGCUUCUGGGGGGUAGGGAUAAUGUGUUUUGGACUCGUCUUCCUGGUGGUCAUGACUUUGUCAUGACGUAUCCGGAGAAGAUUCUCGAGACUUUGGAUGAGUUUUGGGGCUGA